UAAAUUAAUCACUUCACACCAUAUCAUUCUUUUAUUUCAUUUCAAUUCAUUCACCAUAUAAAUAUGAAUAAAUAAAUCUUUCAAUUUCUCACAUUCAGUUUACAGUCCUAAUUGUUUUUAUUUUUAUCAAUCCGGUGAUGCUCGGAGACGUACUUUGUGAACGUUCAAAACACUGGUGUCUAGGUCACGGUUCACCUAGUCAUCAUUACGGACAUCAUCGCCGACAAUUUUCACACAAAUGUUUCCCGACAAAACUAUGCGAUCCAGUCGUGUCAGCUUCAUUAUGGCACGAUAUUCUUCCGUCUGCGAAUGAUGUACGGAUGCAUAAUAUAAGUCCUGUUGGUGAAGGCUCAUGGAACGUCGCUUGGGAUGUUCGUCCUGCACGUUGGCUGCAUCGUCCUCACAACGCUUGGUUGCUCUUUGGCAUUUGUGCUUAUCUUGCUGCCCCGCCUCUCGAGUUUGUAGAGACCGUUAGUGAACCUGCUGUUGUCGCGGAUAUUGUUGAUAAUGGAAUUUGUUCUAAAAGUGUUGUAUUAAAUUCAACAAAUUAUCGCGUCACAGGUGUUCCGGCGGAUGGGAGAUGCUUAUUUCGGGCCAUAGCUCAUAUGGUAUGUUUGAGAAAUGGGGAGGAAGCUCCUGAUGAGAAUCGUCAAAAAGAACUUGCUGACGAAUUAAGAGUUCAAGUUGUGGAUGAGCUCGUGAAAAGACGAAAGGAGAUUGAAUGGUUUAUUGAAGGAGAUUUUGAUGCUUAUAUCAAGAGGAUCCAGAAACCUUUUGUAUGGGGUGGAGAACCUGAGUUGUUGAUGGCUUCUCAUCUUCUUAAGACUACUAUAUCUGUGUACAUGCUCCAGAGGGGUUCAGACAACUUGUCUAAGAUUGCAACCUAUGGUGAAGAAUACGAACAACCUCAAAGUAAUCCAAUUAAAGUUCUAUUUCAUGGCUACGGUCAUUAUGACAUAUUGGAAGACAUAUAGCACACUGCGUGUUCUUUACUGGUACUAACAAUUGGUAAGCAAGGCCUUUGCUUCCACCAUCGACUGAUUCUCUAUUCAAGAUCUACGCAAUAGGCUUGUUGCAUUAUUAUGUCCCUUUUCAGGUUCAUAUACAGAUCAAUACUUAUAUAUCAUGAUCAUUGGUCAUGAUGGGUUUCUUAUGCCACUGUUUUGGUGCAAUUUGAAAUUCAGAUAUUCAUAUAUUUUUUGUUAGCUGAAUUAACAUAGCCUUGUGUAAAACUCAAGGCUUUACUCAGCUUUGUGUAAAUAUAACUCUAAGGUUAAAUUAGAUUAACUGUCCAACAUUCGCUUGGUGUAUAUGGGCCUGUCACUCAUGUGAAUUUAGGAGUACACGUCAAGUAAAAUUAUGAUUGACCUCCUACAGAUUGAAGCCUCGAGGAGUCUAAUACCAAUUAAAUAAAGGAUAUGACAUUAUAGCUAGACCUUAAUUACAUUUGAAUUUUUCGACUUCAUAAAAUAGCAGCAGAAAGCAAGUCUUACAAGUUUUGUAGAAGGGAAACAAACAAAGUAAGUUAUUUUUUCAUCUGUAUGACCAAAUUGACACAAAAAGACGUGUACCAUGCUAUCUUUGCAAAGGUAUAAGAUAAUGAUUACCGUCUUAUAGCUGCCGAUUUUUGCAUUGCAUUGGUUUAAUGAUUGUUUAAAGAGAAGUUUCCAAGAAAUGAUGCAGCUUUUUAUCAAGAUACUUUGUUGAUUCUUCUUCUAUGGUCAAUGGGGGUAUAAGAUACUUUGGCCUUAGCAGUAUCAUUCUCCAAUGGCAGAUGUAUUGUGAGGCAGAUUUUUGAGAACCUCAGGAUCUGGUAAGGGCUCGGACCCAACUCCCAUGUCGGUCAACAAGAAAACUUGUUAAUUAUCUUGGGUGUGGUCCUUGGGGAAUUGGGAAAGGGUCACAUCUGGUUCUGAAUGAGACUCAAGGCUUAAGGUGUUGAAAGUUGAAACAACCUUUGGAGAAAGUCAAGAUACUUAUAGUUGGUAUCUCAUCUAUUGGAGGUGUUGUGACUGUACUGAAUUCUUGUUUUGUGUUCUAUUUUUUUGUUUGCUUGGCCAAGUUAGGUUUUUCUCACUCAAUCUUUGUCCUUGGGUCGGCUUGGAAUCUUAGAAUAUUCUUUUUGGAGAUUGCUGUAUAAUUAUUACCUUUCUGGCUAGAGAUUUAACAGAGAAGAGAGAGUCUGCCUAAUGGAGAACAUGCAGUAACCAGGCCAACAUUUGAGCGUGUAGGUUGAUAAAAGCAUUUUCUAAACCCCUGUGGAGGGUCGGCCCAGCUCAGGAACCCAUGUUCUUAACCCAGUUACAUUUAGAACAUAUCUGUCCAGGGAGAAAUAGGUGCUAAGCAACUAAACAAGAUUUCUUUGAUUUUUUUUCCGAAGAUAAGAGAACACUAACCAUAUGAUUAUAUCAAAACCAUCUCAAGAAUCAGCAAGUUUCAUAGAAUACUAGAAUGUAUAACCAGUGUAAACAGAGGUAUUAUUGGUUUGGCAUGUCGAGGCUUUUUUACAUAGAUGUAUGUGGCGUUAUCAGGAUAUCUUGUCACCGUUUUUGAUUA